GCAUCUCUGCUAACCUCCUGAUCUCAAAAGAACUGAGGAAGCUGUUUCCACUAGGGCUCUGUUGUAGUAGUGACGUUGGGGCCCAUGGAUGAGAAAUUGAUGCAAGGAUUUGAUCAAGCUUAAUUUGAACUAAUAAAAGGAAAUAUUUUCUUCCUUUGAACUUAUAUUCGUAAAGCAGUUGUGCCUCCUCUUGGAGGUCACGUGUUCACAAUCAAUGGCCUUUGAGGAGCUCUUGAAUCAAGUUGGAGGCCUUGGGAGAUUUCAGAUCCUCCAUCUGGUUCUUAUUCUUCCGUCUUUCCUGGUACUAAUCCCUCAUAUACUGCUGGAGAACUUCACUGCAUUCAUUCCUGGUCAUCGCUGCUGGGUCCACAUCCUGGACAAUAAUACCGUAUUUGAUAAUGACACUGGAAUCUUCAGUGAGGAUGCCCUCCUGAGAAUCUCCAUCCCGCUGGACUCAAACCUGAGGCCAGAGAAGUGUCGUCGCUUUGUCCAUCCCCAGUGGCAGCUUCUUCACCUGAAUGAGACUAUGCACAACACAAGUGAAGCAGACACAGAGCGCUGUGUGGAUGGCUGGGUGUAUGACCGAAGCUACUUCCCUUCAAACAUUGUGACUAAGUGGGACAUGGUAUGUGAUUAUCAGUCACUGAAAUCAGUGGUUCAAUUCCUACUUCUGACUGGAAUGCUGGUUGGAGGCAUCAUAGGUGGCUAUUUCUCAGACAGGUUUGGGCGAAGAUUGGUUCUCAGAUGGUCUUUCCUUCAGCUUACCAUCGCUGACACCUGCACUGCCUUUGCCCCCACCUUCUCUGUUUACUGUUUACUACGCUUCUUGGCAGGCUUUUCUUCCAUGAACAUCAUAUCAAAUAAUAAUAUGCUCACUACCGAGUGGAUAAGGCCCCAGUCUAAAGCCCUGGUAGUAAUACUGUUAUCUGGUGCCCUUAGUGUUGGACAGAUAAUCCUGGGAGGCUUGGCUUAUGUCUUUCGAGACUGGCGAACCCUGCAUGUGGUGGUGUCUUUACCUUUCUUUGUCUUCUUUCUUUUCUCAAGGUGGCUGGUUGAAUCUGCUCAGUGGUUGAUAAUCACCAAUAAACUAGAUGAGGGCUUAAAAGCACUUAGGAAAGUUGCACGCACAAAUGGAAUGAAGAAUGCUGAAGAAACCCUGAACAUAGAUGUUGUGAGAUCUACCAUGCAGGAGGAACUGGAUGCAGCACAGAUCAAAACAACUGUGUGUGACUUGUUCCACCACCCCAGUAUGCGCAAAAGGAUCUGUAUCCUGUUAUUUAUGAGAUUUGCAAACACAGUAUCUUUUUAUGGUAUCAUGAUCAAUCUUCAGCAUGUGGGGAGCAAUAUUUUCCUGUUGCAGGUACUUUUUGGAGCUGUCACUCUCAUAUUCCGAGGUCUUGCUCUUUUCACACUAAAUCAUAUGGGCCGUCGAAUAAGCCAGAUAUUGUUCAUGUUCCUGGUGGGCCUUUCCAUUUUGGCCAACACGUUUGUGCCCAAAGAAAUGCAGGUCCUGCGUGUGGCUUUGGCAUGUGUGGGAAUCAGCUGUUCUGCUGCUGCUUUUUCCAGUCGUGCUGUUCACUUCAUUGAACUCAUCCCCACUGUUCUCAGGGCAAGAGCUUUAGGAAUCGAUUUAAUGACUAGUAGGAUUGGAGCAGCACUGGCUCCCCUCUUGAUGACCUUAACGGUAUUUGUUACCACUUUGCCAUGGAUCAUUUAUGGAGUUUUCCCCAUCAUUGCUGGUAUUGUUGUCUUCCUCCUACCGGAAACCAAGAAUCUGCCUCUGCCCGAUACCAUCAACGGUGUGGAAAAUCAGUGAAUCAAUCUUCUAGCCAUGUCCUGAGAGAAGCAGUGUACUCUAGAUCUGUGAUAAGAGAUGACAAACACCAUAUGUAUCCUUGGGGUUACUAUGAAAGCUUAGCCUUUCCUGAGCUACUUCCACUUGGGCCAUUGCCUUUCAUUAGCAGCAGGUCAGCUCUAUCCAUUCUGAAUUCCAACUCUAGAUUACAGAGACACCCUCACUGGUGGUUUUAGUGAUAAAGAGACAAAAGUGAACUAUGUUGUGAUGUCACAUACUACCUUUUCUCAUGAAAGAUACACACUCAUGAUGGUACCUAAUGAUUCUCGUACUCAUAGAGCUUGGGAUAUAGUGGGGAAAGAAACAAAAUAGUGAAGGAAGACUCUCACAAAGAGUAAAGAUUCUCCUUGAAAAGAUAAUAAAGAAGAUAAAUCUUGUCCAGCUGCCUGGGAAAUUCAGUCAGUCUUGCUGCCACAAGUAAUAGAAGGAUUUAGGAUAGAGAAA